CAUUACCACUGGCAGCCCAGUCACUCUGCGGCGGACUUACAUGCCGUAUGAGCCCCUUCUGGAUGUUGUUGAGGCUAAUCGGACAGUUUCAAAAAUGACGACUCUAGAUCCCCUGAAAUCGGUUAUUUCCAUCGGGAAUGUGGUCGACACGUCGCUGGCUCUGCCGUCCAGCAACCAGUGCCGGUCCGGCCAGCAGCGCGUCCGGGAGCAGGUGGAGACCAUCCGCAGGAGCAAGACCCGGCUGUCUGGCAGUAGCAAGAGUGCUUUCACUUCUUCAUCUCCGACAUCAACACAACCAAAUAACUACCGACUUGAAUAUCAUGAAACCUGGUGGAACCCUUUAAAUUACGAAUCCAAUCAAAACCACAGGGAGCAUACUCAACUGAACACUCCUACGAUUGAUUCCGUGUUCAUAGAGGCUCCGAAGUUAAACUCCAGCAUAUCUAAUGGAGGACUGUUCUUUGCAAAUGGCUUUUUUAAAACUCACAGCCAAGAACCAUACAUCAGCCAUCCAGUCAACACCAUAAAGGGAGCCAAUGUGAAGAUGAAUAACGGCUCUACCUAUCAAUAUGUGAGGACCAUUUCCGGCAUCGGCCACACUGCGUUGGGUCAAGCCAACACCAGCUUCAGCGAGCCUCAACUGGCCAGGAAUGGCUAUGUACCAAAAUGCUCUGUUCCUCCGCAGAGAUUGCUUUCCAGCAGAGGCAUCUACAGGGCAGAGAGAAGCAGCAGUCACUUUCCAAAGACUGCCACCUCCCUGCCCCAGCCAGUGUACACCACAAAUGGCACAGGUCUGACCAAAUCAAACAACCACUUCCUGGGCAACAAAGUUGAGGUGACCAAAACAGUUACUGACGGUGUUGCAAAGACCAAAGGAAAUUUAGGGUCAAGUGGCAAUAGUGCUGACAUCACUAUGAAGGAGGCUGUGGAGUAUCUCUCCAAUGAGGAGGAAACAUAUCAGCACUGUGGAGCUUCCUACAUACAGCACAAUACUUUCAUUGACGAAAAGGCUAAAGAGGAGGUGUUGAAGUUCAAAGGAACCCAUCCUCUGGUGGAUCUGCUGCGCAGCUCCAGCUCACAAGUCAAUGAGACGGCCUCGGCUGCCCUCCGUAACCUAUCCUUUAAAAGCAUCAACAACAAGGAGGAGAUACAUCGCUCGGGAGGCAUCAUGGAGGCUGUGGCUCUGCUCAGAGAAACCGACUCUGUGGAGACACAGAGACAGCUGACAGGCCUCCUAUGGAAUUUGUCUUCUGUCGACAGCCUGAAGCCAGACCUGCUAACGAGUGCUUUGCCUGUGCUAAUGGAGCGUGUGAUCCUGCCGUACACUAAAGGUCCCGACAGGACAAAAAGCAGCAGCCGAGACCCUGAGGUCUUCUUAAAUGCCACCGCAUGUCUGAGAAACGUAAGCAGUACGAAGCAAAGCAACAGACAGGCCAUGAGGAAAUGUCGAGGAUUGGUCGACUCUCUGGUCAGUUAUGUAAAAGAGUGUGUCGAUGCAGGAAAUCCAGACGAUAAGUCAGCAGAGAACUGUGUGUGCAUCCUGCACAACCUGACCUUCCAGCUGGAGGCCGAGGCUCCGGCUCUGUUCAGCAGGAUCACAGCGUUAGCCAAGACGGUCUGCAGGUCCCCCAGCCAGGGCGAUGCCGGGCCCAUCGGCUGCUUCAGUCCACAGAGCAAGUCCUCAGAACACGAGCGCCGCUUUGACUUCCCGGUGGUUGAGGAACCACAACCUAAUGGCGCCGGUUUGCUGAUCCACUCCAGCACUCUGCAGAACUACCUGUCUUUGUUAGGCACUAGCCAGCGAGAAGAAACACAGGAAGCCUGUUGCGGCGCGCUGCAGAAUCUCACCUCAAAUGACGGCUUAGUCUCUGGUGUAAUGAGCCAGACCAUUGUGCAGAAACUGAAAGGUCUGCAAGUUAUUAGUCCCCUUUUAAAAUCAAACAAAGUCAACAUACAGAGGAACACAGUGGCUUUGGUAGGAAACCUGGCCAAGAACCCAAACUUGCACACUGCCAUAGUUCAUAAAGCUCUCCCAGAGCUGCUGGGCAUCAUCAGCGCAGGCACCAAGGAAGGAAAUGAGUCCGAUGACACGCUGUCCUUGGCCUGUCAGACCUCCAACUGCCUGCUUAUGAACAACCCUGAGAUGGGAAAGCACCUGAUAAACAGCACCCUGAUAAAAUCCCUGAAUGAUCUUAGCAAAAACACAUAUUUCCCCAAAUCCGGCAAAUCCGCCGCCCUACUUCUCCACAACCUGUGGUCGGAAAAGGAUUUGCAAAGCUUCAUGAAAAAGCAAGGGAUGAGUAAGUCCUCCUUUGUGAAUGACAUCACCGCGGCAGCACACAAGUCUGUUCAAGUUGUCGAUUGACACGACAGCUUAGGAUCCCCAUAAGUGAUUAAAGUCACCUCCACAUACAGAGGCUAAGCAGCAUUCUUUCUCAUUUCACAUAUCACACAAUACAUGUAUCUUUUUAAUGUUUCCGUCAACAUAUAGAAGCCCUUAUAAUGCUGUGGGGAAAAAAGGUGAAGGUUAAAUGGUCAUGUACAUUUUGUGUCCGGAAUCUUCCACAAUGUGCUUGCUUUAUUAGAUAAUAACAUAAGGGUUCUGAUUUAAUUUUUCAUUGAGGUUGCUGUUUUAAAAUCGUGAUACAACAUUGAAUAAAAAAUAUUUUGGUUAUAUAAAAGUAAAAUGGAGAACAGUUUCUCUGUUGCAGUUCAUCGGUUUAGAAAGAAGCAGUGAUGUGUGUUUACAUUUUGUAAUGUUGGUGGUUAACCCAUCUUCUUCUUAUAUAUAUGUGUGUGUCAUCCUUAAACAUUUGUAUUGUCAUAAAUUGUGUGAUAAAUAAAACUGGCAGACAUAAACUC